GCUUUGUUCGUCCCUUGCUAUAACACGAGCAAGUAGGCUAGUGGUUUGUAGUACUCUAUCGAGUUUAUUGGGGCACAUAUAUGCAUAUGGACUGUUCUGAAGAGAGGGAUAGCAUAAACCAAAGAAUACAUGAGUAGCAGCUGAUGACUUGACACUUGAGCUUGAACAAGGUUAAAGCAUGGAAACGACUAAAGAUGUACAGAAUACGACCGGCGUUUAUGUGUACGAACUGCUGUGCACCGUAGAUAACAGCUCGUCGCUUGAAAACGACACAUCGAUUGCAACAAAUGUAGAUUCACAGAUAUCUGUGUCACAUAUCACGAUGGUCACGUCGUACAUACUAAUUUGCCUAUGUGGAUUGAUUGGUAACGGUUUAGUCAUCUACGUAGUGCUUCGUUUUUCAAAGAUGAAGACAGUAACUAACCUCUAUAUUUUAAACUUGGCAAUAUCAGAUGUGCUGUUUCUUAUCAGCUUGCCUUUUCUUGUAACAACGACAAUGCUUGAACACUGGAUCUUUGGAAAAGCAAUGUGCAAGAUAUUCUUCGUGUCGUUUUCUAUAAACUUUUUUACGAGUGUGUUUACGCUAACUGCUAUGUCUGCGGACAGAUAUCUUGCAGUAUGCCAUCCAAUGAGAUCGGUCAACUACCGAACAACACGCAUUGCGUUUUUUGUGUGUUUAAGUAUUUGGUCCAUUUCAUUCUGUGUAAUGUUGCCAAUAAUCCUUUACUCCACAACUUUAGCUAACCCUAAAAAGCCAAAUAUGGAGCGAUGUACAGUUGAUUGGCCAGAUAAUGAUACAAUACGUGGACCGAAAGCUUUCACAUGGUACACUUUCUUGUUGGGUUUUCUAAUUCCUGUUACUUUAAUAUCGGUCUUUUAUAUGUCAGUUGUGUUACGUCUAAAAAGUGUUGGUCCUAGGAAAAAGUCAAAAGCGCGGAAAAAGUGUAACAAGAAGGUCACUCGUUUAGUGAUGGCUAUGAUCUGUGUGUAUAUCAUUUGUUGGUUGCCGUACUGGUGUUUUCAAAUUAACUUGACAUUUAAACCCGAACAUUUCCAGUUGCCCGAAUGGCAAAUAUAUAUGUUCAAAAUCUUUACGCUUUUGUCCUUUGCAAAUAGCAUGCUUAAUCCUAUAUUGUACGCAUUUCUGAGUGGAGUAUUUAGGAAAAGCUUCAUCGAGGCCUUUAAAUUUACGCGAUUUCUUCAAUCUUCGAAAUGUCGCGAUGGCGACAAAGGCGUGUUCCCGCGCUCGAAUACAAAGAAAGAAAACGGCGGCGAUGAAAAGUUUGAAUUCACAUCAAUGGUAAAUCAGACCGAAAACACGUGCAUGCUAGUGCAUAAUGCUUUUCAGAUGACUUCUUUUCCUGCGAACAAAUCAGAAGAUAGUGAAAACGAAAUAAUGCUGGGUACUCUUGCGGUUGUGCUUGUCGACAAAGAAAUACAAACAAAGCAAUCUGGACAAGACGUGUAGCAAUUUGUUCUGUGUGUUGUAAUGAAUUGAAAUGAAUAUUUAAUACACAUAUACAUUAUUUAACUUAUGUCUAUUACAGUACCACAGUAAGUUGAUGUGAGAAGGUUUUUUAAUUACUAAGUUUACGGAUCCAACGGCCCCAUUUUCGCUUUUCCAAAAAAGAGAGAUGAUAAACAGGUUUUCUUUCAUUUGAAUAAAAGGUAAAAAGUAA